UAGCAGCGUCCUUGACAUUGAUAAGAAGCUGAUGCAACUGCAACCAUGUGAAAUUUUCGCCGCUUCGCGAUUUAUUUAACUUACGAUAUACGUAUACGUUCUCCAGUUCGUGGACUAGAUUGUGUUAUUUAUAUAAAGUGUCUGUGUUUGGUAACAUUUUCAAGCAAGCAGUCAUGGCAGAUGAAGAGUUGCCCCUCUUUGAUCCUAAUUUGAAAAAGAAGAAGAAAAAGAAGAAGACUCCAUUUGACCUAGAUGCGGCCAUGGGGGAGAAUGAGAGCGGGGCAGCUGAUGGAGCGCCCUCGGCUCCAGCAGAAGAGGCAGCAGAGGAGCCAGUGGAGAAACCAGAUGAAGAGGUAUUUGGGGGAUUAAAGAAGAAGAAAAAGAAGAAGAAGCCAUUUGACUUGGACGAAGUUGGAGAGGCUCUACCGCAGGAUGGUGGCGAGGGAAGCGAGGCCCUGGGGCAGAACGAGGGAGACGAGGGUGGGGCUGAGGAUGAGGCAACAGAUGAAACAUUCUCCCUGGACUUCUCCAUCAAGAAGAAGAAGAGGAGGAGGAAGAGGGUGGACUUCGGGGAGCAGGGCGUAGAGGAAGAUAUGGAGGAUGAGGAGACGAACGACAAGGAUGGAAAACUAGGAGACACCAAAUCCUGGAUUGGUUCUGACAGGGAUUAUACAUAUGAUGAGCUUCUGACGCGGGUAUUUGACAUAAUGCGGGAGAAGAACCCGGACAUGGUUGCCGGGGAGAAGAAGAAGUUUGUCAUGAGACCACCUCAGGUGCUGAGAGUAGGCACAAGAAAGAGUUCCUUCGCUAACUUUGCAGAUAUCUGCCGAUUAUUACAUAGACAGCCGAAACACGUCCUUGCCUUCUUGCUAGCUGAGUUGGGUACAAGCGGAUCUGUUGACGGCAACAACCAGCUCAUCAUUAGGGGGAAAUAUAAUCAAAAACAGAUAGAAAAUGUUCUUAGGAGAUAUAUUAAAGAGUACGUGACAUGUCACACUUGCCGGUCGCCGGACACGCUGCUACAGAAAGACACACGGUUGUUCUUCCUGCAGUGUGAAACAUGUGGAUCGCGCUGCUCUGUGGCCAGCAUCAAGUCUGGCUUCCAGGCCGUCACGGGCAAAAGAGCAGCUAUCAGAGCCAAGACUACCUAGACGACUUGUCUUCUUUAUGUGGAGUACAGAGGUGUUAUGCAUCAUGUUGUAAACAAGUUCACAGAUUCUUCCAUAUAUUCUCGGUGAAUGGAUUGUGAAUUUGAUAUUUGAGAUCCAAAUAUCCGGGGCUAAGACAAGUCCAAUAAGAACAGAAUGUGUUGGAACACCAUUAAAACUAUGUUACUUUUUGGUAGACAGUGUGACAGGUUCCUCUUUGACUUAAUGGACAGUGUAUUUGGAUUAAAUGAGAUUCAUUGACUUUGGAAGGCUAUUACAGUAAGGUCACGAGCGAAGUAAAGAAAAUCUAGUUCUGAUCAAUGCCAAAUGCAGUAUGAUGUUGGCCUGUAUUGAAAUGAACAUUCAGGUGAAGGAAUUCCUAUUUAAUUGUCAGCUGAGACGUCAGUGUCGAACUGUUCGUCAAACCACUUGUGACUUAACCAUUACAUGAGGUUCCUUUGUUUUUUUCUGAAUCAGUAUAUAAUUAAUAACCAGUUUUGAUGAAUAUCAUGUACAUAAGUGUCAAAUUAGAAUUUUUAUCAUUAAGUAUAGGGAUUUGAUGGCUAAUGUUAGUAUUUUUUAGUAUAAACGUCACAUUCACCUCAACUGUGGAUAUUCCUGAAUGUUGUAAUAUUUCAUCUGUAAUAUCUCAUCAAUGAUGUACAUACCUGAUGAUCAAGCCGUAUGUGCAGUGUACAUGGUGCAAUUGUACAUUGUGAAUACUGUACAGUGUAUGACAUCCCCCUGACGGGAGGGACUAUCUCAGCACUGUCCAUGCUUGAUAUAAUAAAUAGUUAAUGUUG